AUCGAGGUGGCAUCGCGUCCCCGGGAGGCUGCAGCGGCGGAGGCCUGGGUCCAGGUCCAGGAGAGAGCUCUUGGCAUCAUGAACCCAGCCAUCGGCCUCGCCCUCCUGCUGGCAGUCUUACAGGUAUCCCGAGGGCAGAAGGUGACCAGCCUCACGGCCUGCUUGGUGAACCAGAACCUCCGUCUGGACUGCCGCCAUGAAAACACCACCACUUUGCCCAUCCAGUACGAGUUCAGCCUGACUCGUGAGAAAAAGAAGCACGUGCUCUUUGGCACCGUGGGGGUGCCUGAGCAUGCCUACCGCUCCCGGACCAACCUGACCAGCAAUUACAACAUCAAGGUCCUCUACUUAGCCAACUUCACCACCAAGGACGAAGGGACCUACACAUGUGAGCUGCACAUCUCUGGCCAGCCAUCCUCACCCAACUAUAGGAACGUCUCUGUGCUCAGAGACAAACUGGUCAAGUGUGAAGGCAUCAGCCUGCUGGCGCAGAAUACCUCGUGGCUGCUGCUGCUCCUGCUCUCUCUCUCCCUCCUCCAAGCCACAGAUUUCGUUUCCCUGUGAUUGGAUGGGCCCAUGGAGGAUACAGGAAGCCUCAAGGCCCAGUGCAGAGAUCCUGCUUCUGAGUUGUCUCACCCCUCUCCCCAACCCCUCACACAUACUGGGGAGAAAGAGAGACCCUACUCCCUAUAAAGAACCCCAGUGCUGCAUGCAAUCAUCUACCCACUCCCUCUCUGCACACCACUGGCUGUCUUUUUGUACUCUGUUCCAGAGCUGCUUCUAUUUUCAGAGGUUAUCCUUCCUUUUCUUUGGGAGUGUGUGACAAGGGAAGCCAGGAUUGGGGACCUGAUGGAGAGUGAGGGUACGUAAUGGGGAGUGGCAUGGGGGUACCAGUCCUUGGGAAAUGAUGGCAGGACCAGAGGUCUAGGUGAGGAGGCAGAGGGUAUGUCUGGCCUAGCUCAGAUGUGCUGUGUGCUGAGACCUUCCCAGAAGUCAGGGCUGGCACCUCCAGAUCCAGGUGUGAGGGCUCCAUGAGGGUGAGAACUGAGCAUCUCCACGAGCACUCUCAGGAGCAGCAGAGAAACUCCCUCUGGGAACCAUAGGAGUCCCAUAAGGCCUUGUGCCAGGGCGCUGCCCACUCAAGACGCAGAUUCCGUGGGCAGCUGCGGCAUUAACCCAAGGUUGGGGGAGGGGUAGGUGAGGGUCCCUCUGCUCUCCCCACCUGAGGAAGCUAAAAUGCAAGCCUUCUGUCACUCACUGCUGCACCACCAGCUGAGAGGGUGACAGGAAAACAAUGCCCCCUCCAGCUGUCCCAAGCUCCCAAGAGCUUUGUCCCACAGGCUGAAAGUCAAGGGGGCACCCAGAGCCCUACUGAGCUUGGAUCAAGUUUCCAAGGGAGGCUCUUCCUCACUGUCAGCCCUGCUGGCUGGGCCCUGAGCCCUCAGGCAGCCCCCGCCUUGCAGGCCUUCCCCUCCCGGGUAGGGGGCCUGAGGCAGGUCCUGGAGCGGACCCAGGGCAGCACACUCCUGGGAAGAUGGUGGUUCCCGAUACCCAGCCCCCACCCCCAGCGGCUCCGCCUGCCCUGUGACUGUGUAGUGCCACCACAGCUACUGGUGUCUCAUUGAGGAAAAAGAAAACUGCACAAUAAAACUAAGCCUCUGG